GUUUUGUUGAGCAGACGUGCCCUGGCAGCACAAACAAGCGAAUCAACAAAGCAGGCUUAGCAGGCUUAGCAGGUGCGUGCUCCCACGUUCAAGCAAUGUCACCUCUUGCAGUGGGAAUCCUGCUGGUUUCCAGCUUGAGACACUGCUUUGUGGUUGGAAAUGAGCUGCCAAACGUGACGAAAUCGGAGUUUGAUUCACCGGUUAGUGAUAUUCUAUGGUUGGGGAAAGACCGUGAGAUUGUCAUGCUCUACACUGAGCAGGGCACCUUGCAUCGGAGUAAAGACAAAGGCAACACCUUUGAGGCAACAGUGCUGAAAUCUGGAACUCGGGCCCUCCAUGUGGUCAGGUUGCUUAUGAGCCCCGCAAGUACGUUUGUCGUUGUGGCGGUUGGCAGUGGUUUGGAACUUUUUGCCAGUGAUGAUGCAGGCAUAUCGUGGCACCAAAUUCGGCACCCAGACGCUAUCCGACUUUCGUUCAUGUUCCACCCCACGCGACCCGAAUGGGCUUUGCUCUCUGCGUGGACUCAUGAUUGCAAGCUCAAUCGUCCUGGCAGCCCGUGCACACAUCAGCUCUUGGUGACGCAGGACUUGGGAAGAACUGAUCUCAAGUUCGUCUCCAAACAUGUGGUGCAGUUCAGCUGGGGUCGCAACAAAUUAGCUGAUCGAAUCUUUUUCACACACUUCCGUGACAAGAGCAGCAAGCAACAAAUGCUCGUGAAGUGGAUGAAGGGUGUGGACUUGGUGUCGACUGAUGACUUCGGCAAGAGCCAACAAAUGCUUGUGGAGAAUGGUAAUAAGUUUGUGAUCUCAGAGCAGUUCAUCCUCGUUGCAAGGCUGCAGGAUGAGAAAGACCAGUCGGUGAAGUUGAUGGUGAGCCAAGAUGGGAGUGCCUUCAAGCACGCCAUCAUCCCAACACCCCUUGCAGAAAAAUCUUACACCAUCCUUGAUGCAUCCGAAGGCCUCGUACUUCUUCAUGUGAAUCAUGGGGAAGGUCUCGGCAAUGUGUACGUCUCUGAUCCCUCAGGCACGCGAUAUGUUCUAUCGCUGCAGCACAAUGUAGGCGUCAAUGGGCGAGCUGCUUUUGAGAAGGUCUCGAAUCUCAAGGGAAUCUAUUUUGCAAAUGUUUGGGCACUUGAGAAUGCUACUGAAGCGGCGGCGUUGCCAUCAUCGUUUUCGCAUUUGGGCUGGCUCGAUCGUGGCAAUUACCAGCUUGGAGAGGACUCUACGCAAUCCCAGUCGGAGCAGUCGAUUCGGUAUUUGAAGGCGCUUGGUCAACAGGCACACACUGUGUCGGUGUCCGAAAGGCGGCUGGCCGAAAGGCGGCUGGCUGCAGCCCGAAAUACCUCGAUUCACAGUGUCAUCUCCUUCAAUGUUGGAGGUGCAUGGUCCCCUCUGAAAGCACCAACUCAUGAUGCGUUGAAGCGUCCAGUGAACUGCUCUGCAUGUUCCCUGCACUUGCACGAUACCACUUUUCAAGAGCACUUUGUGCCUUUCUAUUCCUAUGACAAGGCCGUUGGGAUCAUCAUGGCCGCGGGGAACAUUGGGCCAAGCUUGAGCUACAAGGCAGAGGAGUCCAACACGUACCUUUCUCGAGACGGAGGCCUCAAUUGGCAAGAAGUUCGAAAAGGGGUCCACAUUUAUGAGUUUGGCAAUCAUGGAGCCGUUUUGGUCAUGGCUGCGGUGAACGAAGAGACCAAUAAGGUGAUUUACUCCUUGGACGAAGGCCUCUCUUGGAACAGCUUGCAUCUAGAUCAGGAGGCCUUCAACGUAACCAACAUACUCAUUGAACCAACUGCAGUCUCAACUGAUUUCUUGGCCUUUGGAAAACGUGGAGGCAAGGGCAUUGUAUAUAGAAUUGACUUUGAUGUCUUGGGCUGGAUGCCUUGUCAUUCUGACUCGGACUAUGAGACAUGGGCGCCGUCAGAUGGAGUGGGACAUCUUGGUUGCACAUAUGGAAAGAAAUGUGGCUGCUUGCUUGGCCAACAAGUCCGAUAUGUCAGAAGAAAGCAGACAUCAAAGUGCUUCAACCGAAAGAAGAACAAGCUUCCUGUGGUCUCCAAGCCCUGCGCAUGCACGCAAGAAGACUUUGAAUGCGAGAUUGAUUUUGAACGCGCAUUGGAUGGCAAGACAUGUGUGGCACAGAUCAUGCCUCCACCCCGCGCAGACUUUGGAAUUUUGCAGGAGCAAGAGUGUGCGAGCACAGGCAAAUACCACGUUGACAUGUACCGGAGAGUCGCUGGUGAUAAGUGCACUUUGGCGGCAUUGAUUGAUUCAGGCUUUGAGCCGUCGUGA